GGGAUGAUGCACAUGCAGACGUACUCCUCGCAGUCCUUGCAUGUAGGUUUUGAACCCCUGAGGUUCGUACCUCGCUUCGCUCCCUCUCGCGAUUCUCUGCUGUCUUGCUCUGCUUGAUUAAUCACUGAUGACUGAUGAGAUCUGAAUUCGGCUUUUGGGAGGUCAACCAACGGGCGCCGUGGGGUUAUCAGGGAUCGCUUGGCAGCAGCUACCGGUAGUCUUCUUUUCCUGGGCAGUGGCGAGCUCCUCUUUGGCUAUGGCGAGCUCCUCUUUGGCUAUGGCGGGCUUGAUCGUUGUCCUAGGCGUAGGCCUGGGUCCGGGUAUGGGGCUGCUUGUCGUCGUUGCGGGGAUGCCAUCCUCCCCUUUGUCGUCGACGCAGGACUUCACUCCAGCUUCUGGGAGGCGCUUCGUCAGCGCACUAGGCACGGCCAAUGAGCGGGAUGUCCCUGUGAGCAGUGAGGAAGGCAAACAGGGGUUGGAGACCGCCAUAGCCAUCCACAGCGAUGGCAGCAUUCGCUUCAUCGCCACCCCGCUGGCCCGCCGCUCUGGCACGGUGGUGAUUGAUCAUGAUGUCCGCCGCCAUGGCCAUGGCCAUAGCCAACGGCGCCAGCUGGGAAAGGGCUCCCAAGCCGCCGACGCAAUCGUCCCUGAGGCAACUGCUCUGAUUGGACAUGGAACGGGAGUCGGACGUGGAGAUGAAGAAAGGGGUGAAGUUUUUUCUCAAUCCCUUAAGCGGCUCUUGCACGUCCCGCGGAGUAUCACCAGCCGUUGGUCAAGUCCAGUAUCCAACAUGAUGGAGAUCGUCUCCGUGUCCACUUCCUCUUCCAGCUCCAGCUCCUUCUACACCACCUCCCACGGCUCUUCGUUGAGCGCUUUUCCUACGUCCUCCUCGUCAUCCUGUGCAUCCUCCUCCCCAUGCAUCGUCUCUCCUCAGCGGGCGCAGCCGGCAUCAUCCGACCACACCAGUGCGAGGAGGACUGCACGGCGACUCCUCCGUGUGAAUAAACUUCUUCAGCAGCGGCGGCGACUUGACGAAGGUCAAGACAGCGUUGAGACUGCAGGGUUUAUUGUCUUAGGUGUUGUAGCUUCGCUCGUAGUUGCGGUGAUACUUUUAGUAUUUUGUAUUGGAUACCAACGUGGAGGAGGAGGGGGAGCAGAUGCAGGAGGAGGAGGAGGAGGAGGAGGAGAUAAAAGGGGAGAUGAAGGUGGAGAUGGAGGUGGAGGUUGGAGUCUAGGAGGGGGAGCAGAUGCAGGAGGAGGAGGACAUAAAGGUGGAGGUGGAGGCGGAGGCGGAGGUAGAGGUGGAGGUGGAGGUGGAGGUCGAGAUUGGAGUGGAGCAGGCUUUGAGGGGGACAGCGAAUGAGGUGGGGAACUGUUGUACUGGAUACCAAUAUGGACGAGGAGGGGGACCAGGUGCACAAGGAGGCGGAGGCGGGUAGAUGAAAGGUGGAGGUGGACGUGGAGGUGGAGGUGGAGGUGGAGAUUGGAGUGGAGGCGGCUUUGCGGAAGGGGGGGGUGCGAAUGAUGUGGGGAGCUGUUGUAUUGGAUACCAAUAUUGAUGAGGAGGGGAACACGAUGUAGGACGAGGAGGAGGUGGAGGUGGAGGUGGAGGUGGAGGUGGAGGUGGAGAUCGAGAUUGGAGUCGAGGAGGCUUUGCGGCGGGCGGCGAUAUGAGGUUGGGAGGCUGACUUAUCAACGAACGAGGAUGGGUGUAGAACGCUCGUGAGGAAUCCGGCCUGCUGCAUGCAUUGACGCGCUACUUAUCUCCCAGAAAGACGAGGCGAACGCCUAGCACCAGGUUCACCUCUGCAUCUUGGAGCCGGUUUACGACAUGCCGCCGAUGCCGGGUAACCAUCGCCUUGGCCAGGGAGAUAUCACUUCCCUGCAAGUAUGGCGCCGGACUACAGCAGUAUUGAAGGCAGCUGGCCUAUGCUGCCGCCAUACCCAGGUACGAGUGGGAACGCCGAUCUCUGUGCAACAAUCACUGAGGUCUUGUAUGAUUCGCAGCUGGACUCUGAUGGAGCGUAACCCAUGAAGGAGGUGGUAGUGAGGAUUUCUGAAUUACGCGCAUCGUCUCUCUUAGCCAGCUCGGGUAGCGGAGAGGGUCGUUGCUAGGUAGGAAUAGGUAUCAGGCUGCCUCUCUCCCCCUGUAACGGAUAGAACGAUUUUAUAUAUACCUCGUUUGUUGUCCUCUUCUCCCUCUCUGCCUACGGUUUACCGGGCAGUUCUAUUUGACGAUAUAUAUAUAUAUAUAUAUAUAUAUAUAUAUGUGACGAUAUAUAUAUAUAUUCUUUUUUCCCUUUCCGGAUAGGACACAUGAAGAAAAUCGAUCCGUGCAUCUUAGAGAGAGAUAAAUGUCUGUGAAAUUA